UGACGCGCAGUUAAACAUCAUCAGCGGGCAUCGGCAGCAGCAGUAGUAGUGUUCGCUACUGGCAGACAGCUGUAUUCAAAUAGAGUACAGUUAGCUCCAUAGCUUGUGGACAUAACACAUUACCGACUUCUCUAACUGAAGUCUUAGUCGAGACCAGGAAGCAAUAGAAUCAGUAGGGUAUUUUUCCGUCCACGCCUCACAGUGAAAGGAUAGGGAGAGGACUGAAAUCGGAGCUAACGUAGGUUAGCGGGCUAAUGUUAGCCUGCCAGAGCAAUGGCCUACAGACACACGCCAGAUGAUACAAGGCACCUCUGCCUGUAGAGACCAAGAAUGACCGAAGUCCAGGCAACAGUGGAGUUCUCUGUGGAACUCCACAAGUUCUACAAUGUGGACCUGUUCCAAAGAGGGUUCUACCAGAUUCGUACCAGCCUGAAGGUGCCAGCCAGGGUCCCACACAAAGUUGAGGCCAGUCUGCUACACCCUGGAGGCUCUGAUCUGGCAUUUCCUGCCUCAGUCCAAGAUGACACUUUCUGCAGCAAAACUUUCCAAAUCUUGUACAAGAACGAAGAGGUCGCAGUCAACGAUGUCAUCCUUUUUAAAGUGAUGAUGCUGCUAGAUGAAAAGAAGGUGGUAGAGUCUCUCAGUGAGAUGGAUUUCCAACUGUUCUUGGAUUUAUAUUUCACAGAUGGUGACUACACACCAGACGAUCCAAACUCUUUGCAGAACAUCAGUGGCCGCACACUCCGUAUGCACUUAAACCCUCAGCGAGGCAUCCACCAACAUAUUAACGUCAUGUUUGACUACUUCCAUUUGUCUGUGGUCUCUGUUGCCAUCCAUGCCUCUCUUGUGGCUCUACAUCAACCCCUUAUCAGCUUUCAGCGACCAGUUAAAAACACAUGGCUCAACCGCAAUGCCCCUGCACAAAGCAAGGAUUCCAUCGUCCCACCUCUAGAGAAUGUGGUGUUUGGCAGCACGUAUGUCAGACAAGUGUCACCAGAUGGCAGGACAUUUCUGGUAACUGACCAGUGUCUGCAACACGCCUUCAGUCUCCACCAAAACCUCUGCUCCUGCCUCCUGCUGGCCUACCAGGGCCUCUUUGGGUAUUUUACUAAUAUUUCCAAGGACCUGCCUUUCUCCCAUCGAAUGGAACUAGCCAAGCCCAGCAUGCAAGUCCUAUAUGAGAGAGUACUCAGAAGACCAUAUCCCCGGGGUCAAAGGCACGUCUACAUAGAACAACUGGACUUGGAGGCUCGCCUUGCUGAAUUAUGUGAAUUGGUCAAGCAAAAAGCAGAAUCUCCUGAUGAGUUGGCAGAGCUGGUGAACAUGAACCUCGCUCAGCUCUGCUCUCUACUCAUGGCUCUUUGGGGACAGUUUCUGGAGGUGGUGUCACUGCAGGAGCAUGUUGCCGCUUUACUGGCUGCUGAACACCACACACUCAGAGUACGGCGGUUUGCCGAAGCUUUCUUCUGUCUUGAACAUCCACGACAAUCUGCACUGGCUUAUCAGGAACUGCAUGCUCACAGUCAUCAGCAGAUGACAACUGCUAUCAAAAACUCCAGCUACUUCCUAUCUUUGCCCCCACUUCCUGUGGAAUGUGCUGACUUGGAUGGUGAUGUUAAUUCUUUGCCAAUCAUCUUUGAAGACAGAUACUUGGAUUCUAUCACUGAAGAUCGAGAUGGACCUUGGUUAGGGAUGCAGAACUUAAGGACUAGUUCAGUGUCAAGUAAAACAGACAAACCUAUGUCUAAGGACUACAGUGCAGCAUCCAGCUCUGUACCUGAAUCCCGUUGUGCCUCCAUGGAAACCGCCUGGUCUGACAGUUACGAUCAAGCACCUAAAUCCAAAGGCAAGUCAGCCAAACUAAAGAAAAACUCAAAGUCUGACAACUCCAAAAAGUUGAUCAGACAAGGUUCCAAGGACUCUGUAGUUCUGGUAGGAUACAAGAAUCUAAAGGCUCCUUAUGGAGAACCUACCACAAAGCAACUGGAAGAGGAACCUCCCCUUAACCCACAUAAGGAACCUGAUACCUCUAGUUUCUUAAGGACUAAUUCCAAUUCUACUUAUGACUGUGAUGCCAAAGCAUCACAUUCUGAGAACAGUGCUUUAGAUUCUGUUUUAGAUGGCAUUGCAAAGACUUCUCAUUAUCAACAAGGUUUACUCACUGCUACAAACUUGGACACACAAAAUAUUCCUCAGGCAGGUACUGGGGAAAUCCCAAUAUGCAACCAAACAUCUCACAAAGACGAACAUACUCACCAGAGUGACCAAAAGUUGUCACUAUGGCCAGAUGGGCUAAAACAAAUUGAGGUCAAACCAAGUAACAAGGACUCAUACCAGGGAGAUAAAGUGACUGUUCUUUUAACAGGUAAGACUGAUGGAAUUCUGAGUAAACAUACUCCUGGGAUAAUUCGCACAGACUAUCAACAGCUUGUGAUGGACUCGGUGUUCGAAAGGCCAAGUAAAGAAACGACACAAUGUUUCCCGUCUUGUGUUGUUUCAGUAAAGACUGAGUCUAUUAGGCUUCCAGAUAUAGCAGUUCCCAGUGCCUCAUCUCGUCUUUCAGACUCCGGCAUUGAGAGUGAGCCCAGCUCAUUUGCCACUCAGCCUCUAUUAGGACAACAGACCGCUGCAGGGUUGGGCGCUGCUGAAGUUUGCAUCUCUGCUCCUCAGCCUGAGAAACCCUUUUCGGGCACCACUCUAAGGCCUGUUCAUCAAAGCGCUGUGCAGAAGCCCACUGGAGAAGUUCUUAAUCUGGAAAACACCAGUGUGGUCAGUGGAGUCCAGUCUUCCCUUACAUCCAUCAAUUCCCUACCGUCGGACGAUGAGGUUGAAGGUUCAUCUGGAGGGUCCAGUGGAUCUGAGGUCAGAGCUAGGAAGCCCAGUGUGUUGGUGCAAGAGCAAAGCGUAGUCUUCUCAGGAGAUAUCACUGCUGCUGCCUGCUUCCAAGACACUUCUGUGGCACAUUCCCAGAGUAUAGUACCUGACUCAGAUACUGACGCAGCACAGGAACAAGGUGGAGUGGCUAUUUCUGAAACUGUGAAGGAACCCUGCAGUGAACCUCAUACAACCUGCCCAUCCAGUAACUCUGCCACAAGCAGCACCGACCUUGUGAAACGUGGUAUGGUAGAAAACUACUUUGGCUCACGUUCCAGCACCGAUGUGUCUGAAAUCAGUCCUGUAGAAACCUCCGCUGUCACACUGGGGAUACAAGAAGAAUCACAGACUGAGAAAGAGGAUGAUGAAUCAGAGCACGAGAUGAUUGAAAACGGUUACUACGAGGAAGGUGACGGUUACGCUUUUGCUAAUGGUGUCACUAACGAGGAGCAAACAGCAGUUGGGGAAGCAGCUGCUCAAGACACGAGGCUUCUGUUCGAGCAGCUCGGAAUCAGCUACCUGCAAGAAACCAAGGAUUUAUCAAAAGCUGCCAUCUGCUCCAGCCUGACCUCCAGUAGUGUUGCCUACAACUGGGGAAGGCCCCCUUGUCCCUCCACCUCCUUUCCCUUUAGCCUACGGUGGUACGAAUGUGCACCCACACCACAGAUGAGAACGUUCAUCAAGUCCAUAGAAGAAUUGAAACAGCUGAGGCUGCCUGGUUUUCUGUACAGUCAGGUGCCUGAGCUUGCGUCUACCGUGCCAUACUUCAGCCUCGAGGAAGAUGAAAGCUGUGACGAAGGCAUCCAUCUCAUAGUCUGUGUUCACGGCUUGGAUGGUAAUAGUGCUGACUUGAGACUAGUGAAAACCUACCUUGAGCUUGGACUGCCUGGAGCGCGUAUCGACUUCUUGAUGUCUGAGAGGAACCAGAAUGAUACAUUUGCAGACUUUGAGUCAAUGACUGAUCGACUGCUGGAUGAAAUAGUCCAGUACAUCCAGUUGUACAAUCUCACUGUGUCAAAAAUAAGCUUUGUAGGUCAUUCUUUGGGAAACCUGAUAGUUCGCUCAGUUCUAAGUAGGCCCAGGUUUAAAUGUUACCUGAGCAGACUGCACACCUUUCUCUCCCUCUCUGGACCUCACCUUGGCACGCUGUACAACAGUUCUGCACUAGUCAAUACUGGCCUUUGGUUCAUGCAGAAGUGGAAAAAGUCAGGAUCUCUUUUGCAGUUGACAUGCCGUGAUCAUUCUGACCCUCGACAAACUUUCCUUUAUAAGCUUAGCAACAAAUCUGGUCUGCAGUUUUUCAAGAAUGUGGUGCUUGUGGGAUCACUGCAGGACCGUUAUGUUCCAUAUCAUUCUGCUCGAAUUGAAAUGUGCAAAACUGCACUGAAGGACAAACAAAGUGGUCCUGUCUACGCUGAGAUGAUCGAGAACCUGCUGCUGCCUGUGCUACAGAACAAAGACUGUAACCUAGUGAGAUACGAUGUCAUUCAUGCCCUGCCUAACACAGCCAACUCCCUUAUCGGUCGAGCCGCCCACAUUGCUGUCCUCGAUUCUGAGAUCUUCCUGGAGAAGUUCUUUCUCGUUGCGGGACUCAAGUUCUUUCAGUGAUGAAAGUGUGGCAAAAACAAACGUGGCUGAACUUGUGGAAUGUGCAGCUAGUACCUCAUGACAUCCAAACCUCACGCUCUUUGUGGUUUCUGGAAGUUCCUCUUGGAUUUUAAAACCAUAUAUUUUCUUUUCAAUGAUGUAUGAGCAGAAUCACAAUUUAACUAAUUUCAUCAAUCUGUUGUAACCACGGUGGAUAUUUUAUUUUAUACUGUCAUUUUGGAAUGAUUGUUUCUUUGUAUGUUUGGGAAUUGUUUAUAUCAUGUCAUUUACUUUCAGUGUUAUUUAUGUAUUUUUUUAUUAAUUUUAUUUUUCCUUCAUGUUAUUCAAUUGAGUUUCAAUACUAAACUGGAAAUGUAGCUGCUACAACAACAACACAAAGGCUGCAGUGAUAUGGCACGUGACAUGUCUGCAGAUACUGUCCUAAUUAUUGCACCACCUGUUCUUCACCAGUUAAAACAAAAAAUACUGCAUUCUUUGCACCACAAUCUUUUUGUACUGAAAUAGAUCAUUUGUACAGGUUCACUAUACCAAAUGUUUCCAUCAUUUUUAAGGAGAAGAUUGAAAGUUACAUUUGAAUGGUUGCUUUGAUUUUGCAACCUUCAGCUUAGUCUUUGUCACUAUUGCAUUCUGCACAAUUAUCCAACCUGGUGUUGGGAGAAACAUGCUUUGCUACAACGUAACACUUUAUAUGAGCAGUUUUAAUUAAUGGUCAUGACUAAAGAGAAGCACAGGUUGGUAAAAUGAGCUUGUUUUACCAAAAGCAUUUGAUUGGUAUCAUUGUGAUUAUACCUGUAUAUGUAAUCUGGAAAGUAUUGCUUAGAAUUUUAAAUGUAUUUUGAAUGGUUGUUUAUACUGUAUAACAUCAUACUCUACCAUUAAAUAUGCAUCUAAUAA